GAUAGAUACUCUAUUAAUCCCGGGGGGGAAUUCAGGAAAUGAAUUGUUGUUAUAAUGUUGAUCAUCGUCAAAGAUAUUUUUUUAGAUUUAAGUUAUUGUUAUUGCUAAGAUGUUUUUGUUAAGCAUACAAAUGUCUCAUCUCUUGCAAGAGUCCCAUUCAGCACCAUAGUAGAUAGGUAACAAAAAGACCACGGUUCCAUUUCUGUCUGAAAUACUGCCUUGAUUGUUUUCUGGUUCUCCUGUGGUUUUUGAAUGCGCCAUUUGGACUAAAAUGUGUCUUUUAAAUGCAUUAUUUUGGGAUUUAUUUGGCUCCUAAAGGGUCUAAAUUGCAAUGAGAGAGAAGUGUUUGUGCGCCGUGAGGCGACCAGAUAGUGCAUGAAAUGUAUUGGAACGCAGCCCUCACCCCGUUGCUAGGAGGCGCUGUUGUAGCCCGGAAAAGGGCACGUCGACGGCGGUGAUGGGCAAGACAGAACUACAAGAACACGCGCCUGGUUUUUAAUGACUGGCGUUGCUUUAACUUAACACAACCCGAAGGCGAAUCGUCGCUGAAAGCAAGGGAGGAGAGAAAAGGAGGAGACACGUCGUGGUUUCGUCGUGGAGUGGCGACAACGUGGAUGGAAAGCUAUGAGGAAUUCUGCCUCCAAAGUGUGGCCGCGCUGCAGGAGGAGGGGAAAUUCAAGGCAGCGACAUGCGAGCCGAUGGUCACGUACUCAUCUGUCAUCGUCUUCUGUGGGAAAGCUGCCUUGUCCCCCCUGUUAGAUGCAGAGCAGCGUCAACAUAUGCGCCACCUCAAACGCGGGGCGGUCCAGCUGGAAAGGCAGCAGAGGAGCAAGCCCUCGGCCCAAGUUUCAGACAAAGCGAGGCAUCAAGUGCCAAGCGGCGAGGCUGAAAAGUCACAUAUUCCCAAAGAAACAGCACUCAACAGUUACACGCUGAUCACCGACUCGCCCGGCCUUCCCUUAGAGCCCAGAGUUAACCUUCAGACUGUCAGUCGGCCAACGGACCCUCUGCUCAACGGCCUCCUUGCAGAGGAGGAGAAGAGCGAUGAGGAAGAUAUGAGUACGGACAGCCUUCUCAAGCAAACACAAGAGCACGUGAAGAGGGAGCUGAGCAGGGAGGGGUCAAAAGGUGUUGUCCCAACACUUUCGCCCGAGCCUGUCUCGGAAGGAGAAAUGUUUAGUCCAAACAGAGGUACUGAAUUGGAUCGCGGGCCCGUUGGCCCUCCUGAGAUUGCCCUCCACCAAAAUGUGUCUGAUCCCAAGCCUCAAGAGCCCGCAUCGCCGCCUGGUCCGGCCGGUCAGUGCCUUUGGCGGCCGAGCCCAGAGUCCGGCCUCGGCCCCCGUAAACUGCGCCCAUUCUCCACUGGGAGCAUCCGUGUCGUCUUUCCGGCAAUGCCGGGAGAAGGCGCCGCUCUGUCAGAGAGGCGCGAAGUUCCACCUGGAGCCUCAUGGUCCCCGGAUCGCUGGAGCUCAGCAUCAAGCGGCGACGCGGACCGCCGAAACACGCGGGGUAGUCAUCGGUCGGGUUGUCAUUGUGCCGUCAGUCCGAUGUGGGAAACCUGUGGGCCCGCCCCAAUCGGCCUGUCGUCAACGUCGCGCUGGGUCUGCCAAACCGUGGACACUCAGCUACGCUCUGACCCGGCUGGAUUGGACCACAUUGAUCGCAGUCAGGAAAGAACAGCUCGCUUCAUGGCGGGAGUCACCGUGCGCCCCUCAAGUUGGCACAACUCCAACAAGUCAUUCCAGGGAGAGAAUCUCUCUCCGCAUCGGCCGAUGCCUCGCGUUUCCCUCGCAGUUAAGCUCGGCGAGGAGCCUGAUGACCCUCGAGGUCCCUGCGAUAAAACUGGGACAGCUUUCCUCAGACAGGCAGGUGACGCACAUGCCACAAACACAGAGGAGGCCCGGAGGCGAGCGCGGGUUCUGGAGGAAAUGCAAAGACGUCUGGAGGAGGAACACGCUUCACAAAUAUCGCUGCUCUUGGCCCAACAGGAGAAGGAGCAACAGUGCCUGCGGCGGGAGUUUGAAGAGGCCGAAAGGAGACUGAGCCAGCAGGCCCGUGCUAAGCUCCAGACCCCUGCCAAUGACGGAGCUGUGAACCCAACCGCCGCUACGCCGGGUCGCUGUCAAGGUUUCCCAAGUCCCGUGACUUCAAAUGAGACCUUUCCCUCUCCGCAGUCUCCCAUCUACCUACGAGGGCCCUUGUGGUCAGCUCACAAACCUCAAGCGAGGCCAAGUCAGAUUUUGGAAGCGGUACAGAGGAGAGUGUUGUUUCGAAUCGGCGCCGUCGCCCGCGGCUUUCUCGUGCGCAGACUUCUCAAAACGCACAAGAUCCAACAUCUGUGUCAAACCGUCACGGACACACGGGACUUCAUAAGGUCCUUUCAGACUGCAGGUCCACAGAAGAGAAGCCCUUUCUCAGCUCAGGAUCUCUCCCUGCAGGACAGAGUUCGAGCCCAGUUACGUGCAGCCCUCUAUGACAUCCAUGAGAUCUUCUUUGAAAUGCCUCCGGCGGAUCGAUGGGCACUGCUGCAGCAGGACCGGGAGCUCUGUGCUGAGAAGAAGCAAAGAGACACGGAAAAAGCCAAGAAGGAAAGGGAGAGAGCUGCACUGUCUGCCACCACACAAAGAUCUCUGGACCGGAAAAAAAGGGAGGGCCAGACCGCCAAGGUGAUGCAGAAGCCAAAGAGUCCCACUCCCGUCGGGUCCUGCAAAGUUCAAAAGCCCAGUCAAGUCCAAAAAGGUGUCCCGAGUCAGCUCAAGCGCCAGGGGAGCUGGUACACAAAGACCCCCGAAGCGAGAGUGCAGCGCCUGGACAACCUGAAGAAGCAGCAGUCUCUCGGCUAAGAGGCGACAUCGUUCUGAAAUAGAUCAACCAAGCAUCAGGUUUGGCACCGAUGUUGCCCUUGACAACCGUGUUGUGGCAAUUCCCUGCCACCUUGACUUGAAAUUUUCAUUUGUUCCGUGGCCAAGGUCCUUUUUCCCAGCCGUAGCGCAAAGGUCAACACUAGCUUUGCUCGCGCGUCUUCGUUGAUGUUGUGUGAAUUUCUGCCUUUUCUGUUUGGUUUGAAGGUAACAGUCGACUUGCGCUGGCAAUAAACAUCAUUUGAAGCGAG